AUGGACACACUGACCACUCUACUCGAUACGCCCAAACGAGCAUCUUUGCAGUCCCAAGCAGACAUACUUCGCACCGACUUGAAAGAAUAUGAACGAACCUUUGCUGGAAAGCAUGGCGGUCGCAAGCCAGGCAAGGAUGACAUUAAAGCCGAUGCUGUUAUUGCAGCGAAGUACAAAGAGUAUAGCAGGGUCCGGGAUGUGUUAGCGGGGAAACGCAGCCUCGAUGUAUUGAAUACGCCUCGACGACAUCAGAGCACUCGAAGGCACGGACGAGCAGACAGUGCAGUCAGUCUGACGCCUCAUCGAGGUCGAAAGAGCUUUUCCCCUUCGAGAUCACUAUGGCACCCGAACGACAUCGAUCCUUAUGACCCACCCCCAUCGAUAUCACCAAGAGUGAUACCCAACGCCAUUGGACCGACCCCGCGGAGAGAUGGGACUGUGUUGGGCAUAUUCGAUUUGCUCUCCAAUUCAGGGUCAAAGAAAAGUACUGAAAGUGCUCCGGGGAGCAGAAAGAGGAAGGUCGACGUGCUUUAUGAUGGUGCUGGCGACGACGGAUUGCGACAAUUAGCUGUGACCCAGACCCCGAGCCAGAAACUCAGGCAAUCCAGCGGUACUGCGAACGUAGGUCUUCAGGCCACUACACCAUCGACAAGAAUCUCCACUGGCAAACGUCAACAUUCUAAAACCCCGAUAAGCGAAGGCAGAAAAUUCAUGCUGGAUCAUUUCUUCGCAACUCCGAGUGCCGUCAGAUUUGCAACCGUGAUCGAUGGUGAUGAUGACACCGAUGCCCCAACACAGACCAAGACUCCGCUUUGUGAUUUUGUCCACACAAAUUCUCCUACGAAAGAUAAUGGUGCUGGGAAAGGAGGGCAAGCGAUAGCGAACGUCAACGACUCUACACCUCCCUAUUUGAAACGCACAUUCUCAUUCAAGGACAGACUUUUCGCUGCGUCUGGCGCCUCUACCGGUAAAUCGAGCCCAACUUCCACCAGAAGAGGCCCGCGACGGAGCCUGGGAUAUGUCCAAAGCGCUCCGAAGCCUUUGAGUCAGAUCAUAGCAGACUUGCAGCAAAGUAAACAGGAUACCCAACAACGAAAUGACAAUGACAAUGAAAAUGAAGAUGACCUCGAUGCCUUGAGGGAAAUGGAAGCCAGCGAAGUCAAUGUCCUUGUCAAUGAUAGUCAAACGGCAGAUGGAAUUGCGACAUUAGAAGCUACGGGAGAGGAGCCAGUGGCCAAGGUAUGGAAGAAAAAGGGCCAAAAGAGGACGACGAGGAGAGUCAUUAUGAGGCCAGUGAAGAUGAAGCCGUCUGCGGCACCAAAGUUUGUCGCCGAUGACGAAGAUGAGGACGAGGGUGAGGAUGUCGGGGAUAGAGACAAAGCAGGCGAAUUGGCUCCUGCCCUGGAGGAUGGCGAUGCGGAUGUCGAACCUAAGGGCUCGGAUAUGGAGCAUCCCAUCACUGAACACGAGGAAUCAAACGAUGAACAGUUUCACAAUCCAGGCGCAUGUGACGACGUGGAAGAAUUUCUACCCGUAAACGAAAGAGCCCAGAAAGGACUCACCAGCAGGCAAAAAGCAGCAUCAAAGUCAAACAUCUCGUCCUCAUCCGCAUCUUCCACCAAGACCUCGAGAAAGCCCCUGGGCUGCAGCAGCAAGGGCCGAGACCAAGAGGCAACAACAAAAGCAGCAACAGCAACAACCCGCACAAUCAACCCGAACGCCUACGCGCACAUGAACUUCCGGAGCUUAAAGAUCAAAAACAAGAAUUCUAGGGCGAAGAGAGCCGGAGCAGGCAGGUUCUCGAGAGGGAGGAGAUGA